CUCCAUCAUGCAUGGCGUUUGUACGAAACCGAGUGUCGUUGGACUAUUUUGGUCCAGUCGACACAAAAGCCGCACGGACCGACCAUACCCUGCCAGCUCUCACUCACUCACUAUGCAUAAAUGACACAGUAAACAUCAGUCGAGCCGUUCUGUAUGUAUGCACACACAGUCAUGUCCUUCCAAACCUAGCAGACACGUAUUCUGUCUCAGUUCUGAAAACCCGCCGGCAUUACUGUGUCCCUCACUCACUCACCCUCCAUCCAAUCAGGGCCCUCUCUUCACUCACUGACUAGGCAUCACUCACUAAGUGAGUGAGCUCCUAUCCAUCCAUCCACACGCCGGCAAUCACCAAUUACAUACACGUGAGAUAGUACGUGAUCUAUCUUACAAAAGGUGUGGGCGGUGAAUGGAUGGGGUGAGGGAGAGGGGGCCCCAGUCAAUCGCAGCAGCAUGUUUUGAUGGUGCUUUCGGUGGCUGGGCCACUUGUGCCCCUCGUAUGAGCAUGAGAUAUCAACCAAUGACAUGGCAACGGACAAACAGGUGAACAGACACUCCCUCCUCUCUCCCUCUCCCUCUCCCUCUCUCUCUCUCUCACUCACUCAGAAAGGCCACAGACAAGACACCACAGCAGCACAGCAGCACAGCGCUCCCAACUUACAGCCCAACUCGGUCAACUUCCCUGCAUCGUAGGCAGAGUGAAAGUCCACCAAGCCCCCACAAACACGAACAUUCAUCCAUCAAUACAUGUAGAGAACGGCAGGGAAAGAGAGAGCCAGGAGGGCCGCUGAUAUGACAGACAGACAGAUAGGCGAGGUGAGGUCAGGUCAGUAAGUGGAAUGGCUGUGGGCGGUUGAGUGAACGAGAUGGCCAUCGAUUGAGGCCUCCUCUCCUCCACUCACCCAGCCAAGAGAAGCGAGCGACAAAGUCGGCUCAAAGGCAGGCGCACACACACACACACAACAUGCACCACCGUACGACGCACCAACACACCCACAAAACAUCCCCACCCACAACUACCCCAAUCAAUCGAUAUCGGUGCUGCUGUGUUCGUGUCUCUAAGCGCUCACAAUGCUAUCCGGCUGCUCUAAUGUAUUGACACAGCGCAUGAGAGCCGUGUUUGUGUGGGUAUGGGGGUGCCAGUAUGGACGUACGCUAUUUCGUGCGGUGUGUGUAUUGUGUGCGGGGGUCUCUCUGGUGGGGUGGCUGUGCUCUGCCUUUCCUUCCCGUCCGGCCCUCUGCCCCCUUAUAUAAUUCAGCCUGAAAACAGCCGGACGGACAGACAAAGAGACGGACAGACAUGUACGUAUGUAUGUACGUCGUGCCCUCCUGGCAGGCAGAGAGACAGGGAAGAUCGCUACAAGCUUGCAAAAGUAGCACGGCACGGAGAGAGAGAAAGUACACACACAUGACAUCGCUUGUCUGUCUGUCUGUCUGUCGUCUUCGUGGGAUUGGUAGAUAGGCAAAGGGCAGGCAGGUUAGGCACAGACAGACAGACAGACAGACUGAAGACAGCAACAGAAGCCAAAAAGCCAGGAAGGAAGGAAGGAAGGAAGGCGAUCAAAGCAAAUUGACAAGAGAACUAUACAUCAGACAGUCUUACUCAACUCAUCUCACACACUCCAAUCGAGUGUGUAAGUCAGCCAGCCAGCCAGCCAUCCGGUCAGGAAGAGCAGAGUAGAUCAAGUCUCACACACACGUGUAUGUACGCAGCUUUGUAUGUACAACACAUGUGAAUGUGGAUAUGUAUAUGUAUAUGUAUGUGUAUGUGUAUGUCUAUGUAUAUGUGUAUGUGUGUGUAUGUACAGGAAUACAUAGUAAGUAAAUUAUACGUGUAGAAAAUGCGUGGCCGUGUCGUGUCUCUCUUAAUUAUGACAUACAUGGGGGUGGCCGGCCGUACUAGAAGGCAGGAAGGGCCGGUCGAACAAACCGACGACUGACCGACAUGGCUGACUGACCGACGACUGACGGACUGACAUGCAACACACGGAAAAAAGGGCGGGGGUAUGUAUGUAUGUAUGUACGCAUCCACCCAUCAAUCACGGCAGCCAGCCAGCCGGCCAGUUGUCAGCUUUUAGUGGACGAGGCGGGCGGGCGAGCGGGCGCGAAUGAAUGAUGGGUGUAUGUGUGGGCGAGCACCUUGAUUAAUUAGGCGUCUCAAGUCGCAACGGAUGGCUAUCAUUAUGUAUUGCAUCACCUGGAUGAUCACCACACCACAAAACACACAAUACAUACGACGCCCCGCCUGACCUCACCUCCCCAGCUAUCAGACACACAUCCACUCAUGCAUCCUUUCGACUACUGUCUUGUCCGAGGCAUCACACACACACAGAGACACACAUGCAAACACGCACACAUGCAGGGAGACAACGGACGGGGCCUCUCUCAGCAGCCAGCCACAUGAACCUGAACCAACCAACCAACCGCAGACCAUCAGCAGCCCGGGCCCACAGAGAAGGCCAGCGACCAGUACCUGCUGCUAGACAUCGUCCACCAUCACAUCAAGAGCUAUGCACAUGCAUCAUACAUACUGACACACACGAAGUGGCACCGAGAGAGACACAUGGGCCAGAAACAGAGAGAGAAGUGCGUGCACACAUGUUGACCACAUAUAUACACAGGUGCAAGUACGCAGAAAGGUCCAAAAGGGGUGCACGAAAGCUUUAAAGAAAGGCAGCCAGGUUCGGCUCUCCCCAUAUAUUCCCAAACGGUGGCGGGGUAUCACACACACAUCCGGCCGGAGCAAAACGCCCUCUUGUCUCAUCUGGGGCAAGAAUGAUGUCAUAAAACUCCAAAUCUACCCCAUACACACAGGUGGGCAUACGCAUAAUCCAUCUCUGAUUCCGUCGUUCUGUGGUAUAUGUGCGUGUGUGUGAACGUCUUCUAGGGUUCGUGAUCCGCCACACGACCCGUUUGCCUCGCUGAAGCUCUCCUUCCAGGGGUUCUGACUCGCAGAAGGGACGGCUGCGGACGGCGCCGGCUGCACAUGGGAUGAGAACUGUUUCAUGCCGAGAACCACCAUCGUUCUCCUGCAUUGUCUUACCAUCACGGAGGGCAGCGACUCGCCGCGGGCGGCGUAGCUAGGCAGAGGGGACCACAGCUGUCGGUGACACUCUUUUUAUUUCCCCUGACGGCCCUUGUGUCCACAGUCACGGUGUGUGUGGUGAUUGUUUGGAUGGAUGAAAGGCUAGUGGAAGGGGAGGGGUAGGGGGGAUGUGGCUUAGUUGGGCCACGCCACGACGCGGUGCUCCAUCCUGUUAGCUACUGAGCGAAUACGCCUGCCUCGAGGCGGCCGUGUCGUUCAUCAGCGCCGUCUAUCUGGAUUCACCAAUCACGGACACAGAAUGAGUGGAAGAGAUGGAUGGAAUCGACUGACGGAUUCGAGAGUCACAACUCUUGAUGUGUCAAUACAGUCCCUCGUGUCUGUUUCUGUAACUCCCAUUCACACAACCUGAAAUACACCGAACAGAGCAGAGCGCGUCAAGUCAAAGGAAAAAAUGCCGAUUGGCAUAGUAUCAGCUCAAUCCAACGCCACAGGCCGACGCAAGCAGACAGAGACAGACAGAGACAGAGAGAGAGACAGAGAGAGAGACAGAGGACAGGAUUUGCCAUCCUGCCCCUCGAGAGUUUUCACCUGAGAGGCCAGCGAAGUCACCACUUCACCCGUACGUAUCGCUUACAGCGCCCUCACGCACUUUUCUGUUCAUUCCCACAGCACACCGCUCGUCGUCACCCAGAAUGGCGGCAAUGGUCAUCAAACGGAUCACUCCCCCCCUCUCAAGCUGCCAGAGUAGAGCUCCCCCUCCCGCCUGCCACACAAGCCACCAAGAAGGGAGGGCGGCGCGCAAAAAGACAGCCACCAACGCCCACCAGACACGUGUGCAAUACAUCUGACCACGACGCAUGCAAUCACGCACAAAUCGCCAGUUUCACACAACACGACGACCUUGGCCAUUAGGACAUCGGCCAACGAAAACCACACACGACGCAUGGACAGACAAUACACCGAACAGAGCAGAGCGCGUCAAGUCAGUCGUGCCAACAGACGGCCACCAACACCCACACACAGGUACGGAUGUGAUGUGGUGCAUUCCACCACGGCACACGACAGGCCGCCAAAUAUACACCGCGCGAGGCGCCCCACAUGAUAAAACACAUGAUCAUGGCACGUCAUGGAAACAGACAGGGCACCAAAAAGGGCGCGUACACAGAGGAAAACUGAGAAAAAGAUACGACAGACGGACGCACACAGACAGAGACAGACUGAGACAGAGACAGAGAGAGACAGAGGCCAGGAUUUGCCAUCCUGCCACUCGAGAGUUUUCACCUGAGAGGCCAGCGAAGUCACCACUUCACCCGUACGUAUCGCUUACAGCGCCCUCACGCACUUUUCUGUUCAUUCCCACAGCACACCGCUCGUCGUCACCCAGAAUGGCGGCAAUGGUCAUCAAACGGACCACUCCCCCCCUCUCAAGCUGCCAGAGUAGAGCUCCCCCUCGCCCCUGCCACACAAGCCACCAAGAAGGGAGAGCGGCGCGCAAAAAGACAGCCACCAACGCCCACCAGACACGUGUGCAAUACAUCUGACCACGACGCAUGCAAUCACGCACAAAUCGCCAGUUUCACACAACACGACGACCUUGGCCAUUAGGACAUCGGCCAACGAAAACCACACACGACGCAUGGACAGACAAUACACCGAACAGAGCAGAGCGCGUCAAGUCAGUCGUGCCAACAGACGGCCACCAACACCCACACAAAGGUACGGAUGUGAUGUGGUGCAUUCCACCACGGCACACGACAGGCCGCCAAAAAUACACCGCGCGAGGCGCCCCACAUGAUAAAACACAUGAUCAUGGCACGUCAUGGAAACAGACAGGGCACCAAAAAGGGCGCGUACACAGAGGAAAACUGAGAAAAAGAUACGACAGACGGACGCACACAGACAGAGACAGAGACAGAGAGAGAGACAGAGAGAGACAGAGGACAGGAUUUGCCAUCCUGCCCCUCGAGAGUUUUCACCUGAGAGGCCAGCGAAGUCACCACUUCACCCGUACGUAUCGCUUACAGCGCCCUCACGCACUUUUCUGUUCAUUCCCACAGCACACCGCUCGUCGUCACCCAGAAUGGCGGCAAUGGUCAUCAAACGGAUCACUCCCCCCCUCUCAAGCUGCCAGAGUAGAGCUCCCCCUCCCCCCUGCCACACAAGCCACCAAGAAGGGAGAGCGGCGCGCAAAAAGACAGCCACCAACGCCCACCAGACACGUGUGCAAUACAUCUGACCACGACGCAUGCAAUCACGCACAAAUCGCCAGUUUCACACAACACGACGACCUUGGCCAUUAGGACAUCGGCCAACGAAAACCACACACGACGCAUGGACAGACAAUACACCGAACAGAGCAGAGCGCGUCAAGUCAGUCGUGCCAACAGACGGCCACCAACACCCACUGUGGCGCAUUCCACCACGGCACACGACAGGCCGCCAAAAAAAAAGAGGAAAAUAUGUCCGCAGGCACGCAAUGCCGAGUGGCAUAGUAUCAGCUCAAUCUAACGCCACACGCCGACGCAAGCAGCCUAGCCGCAGACAUCGUGACAGGCGACUGGUGAGCUGAUAACACACACGCGGGCAUUGGCAAAAAGGACUUGCUGGGCAAAGCACAUGAAUGCUAGACACAGUGAGCUCAGAAGAAUCUCUGUACUGUCCCUAGAACAAACAUUCACGCCCGUCACCUGGGCGCUGCCCCAUCAAAUUGCGGGGCUCCACAGCGCCCAGUGAGUCGAAGUGAGUGUCCUGGGGCGCCGGGCGGUUUCUCGAGAGACAAAACAAGCCAUGGAGACAGGCGGAAGACGGAAGACAUCCGGUUCGCCGCCUGACGCAGACGUCGGAGUCAUAGUACCUCUCGAGGGCCGUCCUGACCUGCUCCUCGGUCAGAUGCACUUCCUCCAGCGCAUAGCUGCGCUUCAGCUUGUCCUUGUGUUCCUUGUUCUCGUUGAUGAAUGCCCACAUGCUGUCUCUGGCCCGCUUGUUCAUCGGUAUCUUGAAGUGCCUGUAGAUCUUCUUAACCAUCUCCAUGGGACCGUUGAUCAGGUCGUCGUAGUGCACGUCCAAAAAUUGCUUCUGGAGGUGAGAAUUCUUCGCGCGAAAAUCCAUGGAAUGGUCGACCAUGUUGGCUAUCACCUCAAGCUCCUUCUGGCCCACCGCGUCGAGGUCCACCUCCUCAAUCAGCUCCUUCCGCACCGCGCCUACGAGGCUGCACCAUGAGGCGACAACAUCCUUCGGACUUCUGUACACACACACAUCACACACACACACGCGACAGUGAGCGUGUCUGUGUGCAAUCGGGGUGGUUGGCGCUGACCUGUGUACGUGGACGACGAGCGCGUUAGGGUAUGUCUCGAACAGUGCAUCGAGUGCGAAUAGCUGGAAGGGCAUGUUGAGGAGCCACCUGUUUCCGGCCCGCUGCCACUGCAGGUGCUGUAGAAACCGCUUGUGAAAGGCGUAUCCGCGGUUCAUCUCUUUGCAGUCGUCCUUGAAGAGCCACUCCUUGUAUGCGGGUGUGUCGAACUCCACGCACAUACUGUAGGAUCUAAAGCAGUGCUCGAAGAUCAUGUAGUCCUCGUCUGGCCAGUCGGCCCUCUGCGCGUGGAUGCGCAUCCAGUCGUCGCUCAUGCUCCGAACGAAAUCCAGCGCCUCUUGCGCAGGGGCCAGCCGGGGAUCCUACAGGCGUACACACACACACACACACGCGCGCGCGCGCGUCACCAGUGCUCGUGUGCUCGUGCGGCAUGCGGCCCGGUGCUGACACGUACCUGGUCCCAGUCCCAUGGGGCGUCGUUGGGUACGUUGUGCGGUCUGUAUGAUCCGUCCUCGCCGUAUGGACAGUACAUCUCACUGUACAUGGGGGCCCUCAUAGCAGGGUCUUGUGCGAUCAGCCGCUGCAGUAAGGUGGCGCCCAUCCGAUCGAGACCCACGAUAAUCAGCGGCUGUCUGAUCUGCUGCCGCUCUAUCUCGGGGUUGAGGCGCGCCACCUCCUUCAUGAACAGGAGGUUCUUGAACAUCUGCCGGGACGUGCGGAACAUCGCCAAUUCCCCGAGGAAGGACAGCUUCACCUCCUGAUUGGCGCUUUUGGCCAGCAGCCGUGCUGGCUCCAGGUAGAAGUCCUCACCUUCCGCCUCGGUCGCGAAGUCCCUGAGACCGUCGGUGUGCUUCCGCGCCCACUCGAGUGCGUGGUCAGCAUCGAUGAUGACGGAGUUGCCCUUGGGAGCGAAGAAGCGAAACUCGAUUUGGUACUGGAAGGAGGCCCGGAAGGUGUCCUUGACGGGUGGCCAUGCCAUGUGUGGGAGCUCGUCGAAGAUGUUAUGGGUGCGGAUGGGGAACGGCUCGGUCCGCUCGUCGCAGUCGAACCAGUAGGACCGCCAGUACUGCAUGAGGAGCACGAACUUGAAGACGGGCGACUCGGGACCGCGUUUCUUGACGGCGUCGAGGAAGGUGUCGAUCUUGACGCCAUAGUACUUGAUGCCCAGCUCGUCUGCCCACGCCUCAAGCUGACCCCUGCACACGGACAUAGGAUACGUCAAAUCGAUGCAUUCGAUUGAGCCCUGUUGCCUUACUGUUUGACGACGGUGGUGUCGAUGAGGUGGUACAGCCAGUGCUUCCGCCGCUCAAGGAACGAAGCCUCCACCUAUACGACGAACGAAUGACCGGACGAAUGAAGCCCCCACACAAGCUUUGCGACCUACCAGCAUCUCAGCAAUGGUGUCCACCGGUGUGAAAGGCGCCGUAGACGCGCCGACGGGGAACAUGCCCUCCUCGAUGGAGCUGACAGUCAGCGCCGUGGCGAAGUCGUCCUUGUUGGUGUACCCUGUCCGCCAGCCGACGAACGUGCUGGGGAGUCGGUACACGCACACGGGCAGGCCCAUGUCGCGAGCCUUGCGCAGCACUUGCUCGGCGGCCCACUUGCUCCAGGGGUAGCCCAUGCGGAGAGGGGGGAAGAACUUCUGCAUCUCCUUGGGGUCGGGGGAGGAGUCCUCGGUGAUGAGCCGGUCGUCGAACUCCUGGCUGAAGCAGGCAACGAAGGCCGGGAAGAUGCCCAGGGUGGAGACGUGGUGGAGCGACUUGAGGCGGUAGGUGGUGCACAACCGCAAGACGCCCUUGAGGGCGAGUGUGUUGGUUGCACGGAGACGAGCGUAGUUGCUCAGGAGGUUGACAUUGCCGCCAGUGUGGUGGACCUGAAUGAAGAAACCACACACAGAGAGUACAUGUCAAGCCUUCGAUCACUGCUUCCCCGUGCUGCGCAUGUGCAAGUCACCAUGUCGAUGGUUCGGCAGAGUUCCACGAAUUUGUCUUCGCCGACGCCGAGGUCCUCCUUGGUGAAGUCUCCGGGUAGCGCCUCGAUGCGGCUGGCGUACUCCUCCUUCCACACCUUGGCCUCAUUGCACGCGUCGCGGAUGCGCUGCAUGGCGUGCUUCUCGUCGUUGGCCCGCACCAGGCACGUGACCUUCAGGUUCUCACUCCCCGGCCGGUCCAGCAGGCAUACCACUUGCAGGCGGCCGACAAACCCCGUUACGCCGGUGAGCAGCACGUUCUUAACUUGCUUGGGGUGCCGCAUGGGCAACAGAGUGUUGACGUCGAACUGCAGCCACUCUGUGAGGUCCUUGAUGUCGUCCAUCGGGUCGACCGUCUUCUCUCGGGGCUUGCCACCGCCCACGGCUCCUCGGAUGGCCUCGUCGUAGUCGGUCGCCGCGCCGUCCUGUGCCGCUGCCGGGGCGCCGUUGAGUGGCGAUAGCUUGUCGGAGCUGGAUACGUUGACGAGGGACGAGCGCAUCUUGUCCCAUGAGUCGUGGAGGCGCCUGAAGUCCUCCUCGUCCCGCACCUGGCAGACGUCGAGUGCGAGUCGGAGGUCGGUCUCCUGCGCCAUGGCCUCGACGGAUGGGUACUUAGCCUCGAAGACGUCGAGGUACUGGAGGUAGCGCUUGGAGCCGCUGAAGGCGCUCUUGAGCCACCCCUCGACCGUCAUGUCGUGGUUGUCGACCUCCGUGGAUGAGGGCGCCUUGCCGCUGCCCUGCUCGUCCUUGGCCGCGUCGCCCGCCGCCGCCAGCCGCUCCCUGUCCACACCUGACACCUCCUCCACCUUGUCGACAUCCCCCUUCUUGCCGAUCUUGGUCGGCCGCCCGUGGGCAGUGUCGAGGAUGAAGUCGGCAAUCACUUCGAUGGUCGGGUUCUCGAACACCAGUGUCUGAGGCAGCUUGACGCCCGUCAAGUCCGCAACCGAGUUGCGGAACUCCACAGCCCCCAGUGAGUCGAGACCAAGGUCCAUGAGUGGUGCGUCGAUCGGGGGCUUCUCAGCAGACCCCGACACCUGCUGCGCCAGCGAGCUCAGCAGACCCGACAGGUCCAGCUUGCUGAUGGCCUUGAGGUCGAUCUUGCCACCGCCACUCUCGGCCGACGCUGCCAUGGGGAUCUCUGAGAAGAAAGCGGGCAUGUCGCCAUACCGCCGCAGGAAGGUGGCCCACUUGAGGCCCUGGCAGCCGAACACUGACGGCCCGCGCAUACCAGGCGCCAGAGACUGCUGCCGCAUGACGUCCCCCAUGACACGAAGAACAAGAUCGUUGGUGAUGCCGCGCAUUCCCGCCUUGUCGAGGUGCUGCUUGAGUUCCACCGCCAUGCCCUGCUGGAUCCACGGGCCCCACUGAAUGCUCUGCGCCGCGAGCUUCUUGGAUCGCCGGUACUCGGUGAGGGCGUCCAGGCAUGAGUUGGCCGCCGAGUAGUUGGCCUGACCAAAGUUGCCGACUAGUGAGGCGACGGAAGAGAACAUCAUGAAGUGGUCGAGAGGGGUCUCCUCGUCGAGCGACAGCUCGUGGAGGUACCAGGCACCCAUCACCUGCACACACACACGAGGCAGAAGCGAUGGAUGAGGAACACUUCUCGUGAGGGUCUCCUGAGUGUUUGACUGGCUCGCUAGCUCGCUGGCUUAAAAGUGAAGUGACUGUCUGACUGAGUGAGAGAGCGACGGAAUUGGUGAGUGCCUGACUGCCUGCCUGCCUGCCUGCCUUAAUGGCGCACGCAAAAAAGGAUGGGGUGUGUGAGUAACUGGCGAUGCGAGUGAGUAAGAGGAAGAGAGAGGGCAGCAGUCACGGCCUGGCUGGCUGCCUCACAACCCAAGUGAUUGACUGACUGACUGACUGAAUCAGUCAAUGAAUGAGUCAGUGGGAGUAGAAGCAAGCUUGGGGGUCUCACUCACCUUUGGCAAGUAGACCUUGUCCACC